AUGUCACUUUGUCAAAUUAGACUUCAAGAAGAAAGAAAGCAAUGGAGAAAAGAUCAUCCAUUUGGUUUUUUUGCAAAACCUUUGAAAUCACAAGAUGGUUCCUUAGAUUUAACUUCAUGGACAGCAGGUAUACCUGGUAAGUCAAAUACAUUAUGGGAAGGUGGGUUAUAUCCAAUCAAAAUAGAUUUUCCAGAGGAGUAUCCCUCGAAACCUCCGAAAGUUAAAUUUCCACCUGGUUUUUAUCAUCCAAAUGUUUAUCCAAGUGGUACUAUAUGUUUAAGUAUAUUAAAUGAAGAUCAAGAUUGGAAACCUGCAAUUACUUUAAAACAAAUUGUAUUAGGAGUUCAAGAAUUAUUAGAUACUCCAAAUCCUGAUUCUCCUGCUCAAGAACCUGCUUGGAAAACUUUUAGUAAAGAUAAAUCUGCUUAUGAAAAAAAAAUUAAAGAACAAGCCAAAAAGUACGCAAGUGGUGAAUAA